CAUGUGUGUGUGGCUGUCUGUGUUCCUGGUUUAGUCCUGUAUUACACAUUUAAUUUAGUGUGAAACAGCUCAACUCAAUUUAUCUGGUUCAGUUCAUUAAUUUAUCUCUUAAGCUGUUCUCGGGUGGUCCAGCUGUGACUGACCUCAGAAUAGAGUUCAGCACUGAACACAGGAGUGACUGAAGUAAACAGUUCACAGGUAAUUCAGGAAGUGUCCACUAGAGGCGCCGCGCCUCAGAACUCUAGCGCCUCAGAGCACUGAUCACUGAGAGAUUUAUCAGAGCCUGUGAGUUACCGAUUUCAGUUUAGAAACAGUUCACAAACCAACAAACACGCAAUGACCAGUCUUUGGAUGGGAAAUCUGGAUUCUCACAUGGAUGAAGAUUUCAUCUGCCGUGCCUUUGCUGUAAUGGGAGAAGCAGUCGUGAGGGUCAGAAUAAUUCGCAAUAAAAUCACUGGAGAUCCUGCUGGGUACUGUUUUGUGGAAUUUGCUGAUGAGGCCACAGCUGAAAGAUGUCUCCGCAGGGUGAAUGGGAAACCCCUACCUGGUGCUGCUAAGCCAAAAAGAUUCAAGUUAAAUAGGGCCACAUACGGAAGACAUGAUGAGAACAGUCCAACUUUCUCUCUCUUCGUGUCGGAUCUCACGCCGGAUGUAGAUGAUGGAAUGCUGUAUGAGUUUUUUUGCAAUCACUUUCCUUCCUGCUGUGGAGGGAAAAUAGUACUGGACACCGAAGGUUAUUCAAAGUGCUGCGGCUUUGUGAGCUUUACAAGUCAGAGGGAGCAGAUGAGGGCCUUGGCAGAGUUUCAGGGUGCUGUUGGACUCGGGAAGAAGCCCUUGCGCAUAGACUUGGCCACUAGCAAACCGAAUAAAAAACAGCCGAUGGAGGAUCAGACUGGAGCCCUAAAUGCUCUUAACCAACACUUCAGUCUUUACCAGUUCUAUGCCAAUCAGUAUUCCAACUAUUACUCUGGUUAUUAUCAGAGUGCAGCAGACUAUGAUCCCUACACAGACCUCCCUCAGGACUCAGAACAGAGCUAUGAGGAGAUGGAGGAUUGUGACUUGGAGGACCCAAACCUUCAGCCGAAUGUUAUGGAGGCUAAUAGGAGUUUCAUGGAAGACAGUGAAGAACUGUAUGAUGCCCUCAACAGCUGUUUCUGCCAGCCUCCAGAGUCAUGGGAUGGAAUCACCUGCAGCGUAAUGUGCUAUCUACCUGAGCCAGUUUUUGAAUAUGAGUUAAAUGGGUGGCAGUAAACUCCUAGUUGUUCUUUAUUGUAGUAAUUUGACUCAGAGCAGGAUGUUUUGUUUGUUUAAGGGCAGCUAAGUUUUUUUUUUUUUACCAUUUAGUGGUUUGACUGUUAUUAAACAGGAUAUUAUGUGUGGUGUGUCUGUAGUGUAUUUGUGUGCUUAUGUAGAAAACCUGCAUGACUUAUAAAACUUGAAACACAUUCUAAAUCUAUCGAUGCAAUAAAUAUUAAUUUCUGCGCA